AAGCUCUAUCUUGUCUGCUCCUCAGUCAAACUACCUUUUCUCCUUUGAAACAUUUUCACAGGAAGAUGUCGUGGCAAGCGUACGUUGAUGAUCACUUGAUGUGCGAAAUCGAAGGAAACCAUCUCACCGCCGCCGCCAUCAUCGGCCAUGACGGCAGCGUUUGGGCCCAGAGCGACAGUUUCCCUCAGUUCAAGCCCGAAGAAAUUAGUGCCAUCAUGAAUGACUUUAAUGAACCUGGAUCACUGGCUCCGACCGGAUUGCACCUCGGUGGCAUGAAAUACAUGGUGAUCCAAGGUGAGCCUGGAGCUGUUAUUCGAGGGAAGAAGGGAACUGGAGGUGUUACAGUUAAAAAGACCAUUAUGGCCUUGAUCAUCGGCAUCUAUGAUGAGCCAAUGACUCCCGGCCAGUGCAAUGUGGUUGUUGAGAGGCUCGGCGAUUAUCUCAACGAUCAGGGUUAUUGAUUCUCUUUGGUGUGGACUUAUUUGUGAUUCUUAUUGGCUUUUCUAUACCAAAAAAAUUCAUGGUAUUACUAGUAUUUACAAUCAUGGGAACAUUUUUCGAAAUUGAAAUGCUUGGUGUUUGUAUUUUGUUUGAUGGGCACUAUCAAGAUUGUUGAGUGAGGUACUUUGUCUUGCAUUUACAGUGGAGAUUCUACUUUUUGUUUUUAAUUU